AUGGCAUUACAAUGCUCCAGCAGGGGUUGUACUAUAUGCCAAAGAAGACAUAAUACACUGUUGCAUCAAAAUAGACACCCAGUUCAACCAUCAAAUCAUACGUCAGUUGAAAACACUUCAAGGCCAUUUGCACAAACAACUCUAAUGUCAUCCAUCAAUCGUGGUCAUACCAGUUGCGUUCUUUUAGGAACAGCAAAACUUUUAGCCUCCAACUCUAAUGGAAGAACAGUCGAGUGCAGAGCAGUACUGGAUUCAGGUUCACAAAUAAAUAUUGUGACUGAACGAUUGGCAUCCAGAUUGGGGCUGCAAGUAAGCUCUAGUUCGAUUUGCAUCGAAGGCAUAGGGAUAGGUAAAUUGAGUUCAAAAAGUCGUACAACACUUUCUGUGCAAUCAAAAGUGACCGAUUACAAAACAAUACUUGAAGCAUUUGUGUUGCCAAAAAUUGUAUCCAAUCAACCAUCGCAACACUUACAAAUUUCAAAUUGGAAUCUGCCCAAUAACAUCCAAUUAGCAGAUCCUACAUUCUAUAAGUCUGACAAAAUUGAUAUGUUGCUUGGAGCAGAAUUUUAUCAUCAACUCCUAAGUCCUGGUCAAAUACAACUUUCAAGGGAACUACCAAUUCUACAGAACACUGUGCUCGGAUGGAUCGUAUCUGGAAAAAUCCAAAAUGCUAACACAAUGAUUGCAACAUGUGGAAUAGCAUCAGAAGAUAGUUUGGAAAACGCAAUAGAACAACUUUGGAAGGUUGAAGAAGUUGAUACUCACUCAAAGGUCUUGUCAAUAGCAGAACAACAAUGUGAAGCUCAAUUCACUCAAACUACAUAUCAGAAUGUUACGGGACGAUUCAUCGUUCGUCUUCCUUUUAUAAAUGACAGAUUCGCUUUGGGAGAUUCGAAAGACAUUGCUACAAAUAGAUUUCUAGCACUAGAGCGUAGACUUUCAAAGGAUAGUCAUCUCAAACGACAAUAUGUAGAGUUUUUAGAUGAAUAUGAAAAAUUGGGACAUAUGACCGAAAUAGAUAUUGAAAGGAUUAUGUCACCACAUUACUUUAUACCACACCAUUGUGUGCUUAAACCUGAUAGUACCACCACCAAGUUACGUGUGGUAUUUGAUGCAUCAUCCAAAACAACAUCAGGGCAAUCUCUCAACGAUUUACUACACACCGGACCAACUGUUCAAAGUGAAUUACUAUCUAUUUUAUUACGAUUCCGUCUUCCUCGUUAUGUGUUUACAACAGACAUUGAAAAGAUGUACCGACAAAUACUUGUACAUCCAGAAGACAGACAAUGUCAGCUUAUCGUUUGGAGAAAUGAACCAAGUCAACCGAUAAAGUACUUUGAACUCAACACAGUAACAUAUGGUACUAGAUCAGCACCGUAUCGAGCAACCAAAUGUUUGCAAGUUUUAGCUGAUGACAAUAUGCAAAAUUAUCCAUUAGGUGCAUCUGCUCUCAAACAAAACUUCUAUGUAGAUGACUGUUUACACGGCGCAGAUAGUCUGAGAACAUUGUUGGAAACUCAGAGUCAAUUAAACAAAAUACUGACAGCAAGCGGUUUUAAAUUGCGAAAAUGGUGCGCAAAUCAUCCAAGUCUACUACAAGGAAUUCCACACGAUGACUUAGAAGUCAAUUUAGAUUUAGAAAAUAAUAACGAUACAACAAAAACUCUUGGGUUAUCCUGGUGUCCAAAAUCUGAUAGUUUAUGCGUCAAGGUUAAAUUGGAACCUGUUUGCAGCACGACGAAGCGCAGUGCAACCUCAGAUUUAGCAAGGCUAUUUGAUCCACUAGGACUUUUGUCACCAGUUGUGGUGAUGGCAAAGAUCUUUAUUCAAGAAUUAUGGAAUUUAAAAAUGGAUUGGGAUGAAAAACUGCCGACUGAAUUACAUAAACAGUGGUUAGUGUUCCGGAACAAUUUGACGAAAGUAAAUUGUCUGCAGAUAUCUCGUCAUAUUUUCAAGGGUGAAGUUCCUGCCAACAUUCAAUUACACAUCUUUACAGAUGCAUCAGAAAAGGCAUAUGGUGCUGCAGCGUAUAUGCGAUCAACACUUCAGAAUGGUCAAAUUAUUGUACGACUAUUGUGCGCCAAAUCUCGAGUUGCACCUUUGAAAAGGUUGACAUUACCUCGUCUUGAACUUUGUGCAGCUGUAGUUGGCGCAGAACUAGCAAAAAGAAUAAAGAACGAUCUACAAAUAAGAAAUUACCAGACGUUCUUUUGGUGUGAUAUCAUGGAUCAACUCUCCAUCAUCAAAAUUUCACACUUUCGUUGCAAACAGAGUAAGCAACAUUCAUCAAUUAACAGCCACAAGUCAGUGGCGCCACGUCAGUUCGGAACACAAUCCAGCUGA